AUGCUUAUCGGAAUAACCUACACUAUUUAUUCUGAUAAAGACCGUGUUAUCGAAUUGCUUAAAAAUGACCACAACUUUGAAGAUGGAGAAACUGAAUUUACCAAAUGGAAAGCUGAGCUUAAAGAUGAAGAGAAACGUGAUAAGAAAAAUCCAGAACUCUUGUUAGGAAUGGUCAAAAUGAAUUAUGAGAGGAAAUACAUGAUCGAGAUUAAGACAGAAGAAGAAUUACAUGAAUACAGAAAAAGCAUUCUUUUCUUAUUAUUGGCCGUGGAUAGUGCUUUAAGUCCUCGAUAUGAAAACUGGGUGAGAGACAACCGGAACAACCAGAAGGAAAAUGUAAAAAUCGAUGUUUCCGAAUUUAUGAAAAAAAUUGAUAACGAUAAUAAGGAAAAAUAUAAAAUAAUGUCCGUGGCUGAUUUCACUGUGUCAACUGAUCAUAAAUCAAAUGAUGAGCUUAAACAAGAGAUAUCAAAGAUAUUGAAAAACCCAUUACGAUCAUUGAAAGAAGAUUAUUUUAUGUAUUUAGCAGAGGUGACAGCAUCAAGAACCAAUUGUAUGAGCCGUAAGGUUGGAUGCAUAUUAGUUAAAGACGAUUACAGAGUAAUCGCAACUGGGUAUAAUGGAGCACCCAAAUACAUAGAUAAUUGCAUUGAUGGUCGUUGUGAACGUUGUAAAGGUAUCAAAGAGGAAGGAAGGGAUAAUUGUAUAUGUUUACACGCGGAAGAAAAUGUAUUAUUGAUAGCCGGAAGAGAAGCAGAGGGUUGUACUCUUUAUUGUACUACAGAAGCUAAUAAAAAUAUUGAAAAAGAAGAAGAAGCCAAACGCGAAAGCAAUACUAAAAAUGACAACCCUAAAGGCAAAGGUGGAGAAGCCAGCAAUACUAAAAAUGACAACUCUGAAGACAAAAUUGAAGAAGCCAACCGCGAAAACAAUACUAAAAAUGAAAUUGAAAACAACCCUGAAGACAAAAUUGAAGAUAAAGCUAGAAAAGAAGCCGAAGACAAAGCUAAAGUAGGAACUGUAAAUGGAAAAAUAAGUCUCAUUCCAUAUACACCCAAAACAAAAAGAUUUGAAUUAUAUCCUUUUAGAAACAUGCCACAUGCUACUCAUGAAUAA